CAUUCACUUGUUGACAUCUUCCAGUAAGCAAAGCAACAAAAUGGCGGACUUUGAAGAAAAACUAGAAAUUCCAACUUCUUUAGAUUAAUUUUCGACAAAUGUAACCUUAACUGGGCACUUUUUACUGCAGUUUCUACAACAGCAAGCAAACUGUGCAAACAUGAGCUCCAGUUCUCACACCACCAACCCGGCCGCCAACGGUCACAUACCGAACGGUGGUGGGGCUCCGAACGGGACGUCCGGGCCUCGCGCUGGGGGAAGGAAGAGACUCUUCGCGAAGAAGAAACUUGAGAGGCUCGCUCUGAGGAGGGAGAGACACAAGCGAAUGAGUAAGAUGGAGAUUCUGAAGGAGAAAGUCGCGGAUAAGCUGAAGUUGUUCCUGAUCUUUGCCCUGCCCGUGGUUCUGAUGGGGUUUAUCCUGCUGGUGUUGAUCGGAAUCUACGUCGUCAGGCCUUACAACCAAGGUCAACAGUUUGUGCAGUCCAGAUGUCAGACCGUCACCACCCACUACCUGAACCAGGGGAGCUGCAGCAGCCACACAGAUGUGUUCCAGCCGUGUCUACAGGUUUAUGUUCACCACACAGCAGCUAACACAGACAUCCCUGUGGUUCUGAUGGAGAAUGAACAGGCUCUGAUGUACUGUGAACAGUGUUCCCUGACGUUUGGAAGACAUGCCCUGUUCAUGGACCCCUUCUCACCCUGUGCGGAUGGAUGGAAGGAUAACUACGACAAACAGUCCUGCGCUGAAGGCUACAGGAUUCAGUAUGAGAAGGCCAACACAACCUACCCCUGCUACUACAACCCUACAAAUCCCGAACAUGUGGUGAGGGAGAUUACGCUGACGAGUGGAAAAGUUGCAAACCUGGUCCUGUGGCCCCUCCUCCUGUGUCUGGUCUACAUAGCAGCCGUAGUGUAUGUGUUGUACGAGAGGAGAAUCAGGAAACAACGUGACCAGCAGGUCACCGCGGACGUCCAGACCCAGGAAGAAGAGGAGGUCCAGCGGCGCAAGAACGCGAGCAAGCGGCGUAAGAUCCCGUGUCGCCACAGCCACAUCAGCACCGCGGGCGGCUUCCUCGUUCCCGGCUCCUCCUGCAACUGUCUCCACCACCUCAACGACACGCGCAUGUCUCCGACCAACCAGCUGCCAGAUCUCGCGCCCUCCGUGUCGGACAUCCCCGAGGGAUUGCUCAUGUUCAGUAGCAUAGACUACCUGGAUCUGGAUACAGCCGGUUUGGGACAUCUCGACCUCGCUGUGUCGGACCACGGAGGGAGCUACGUCUACCUCUCCGGGCUCGAACAACAGUUAGAAGGCUCGGUUUACACGAACGCGUUCGCUCGGAACACCCCGCCCAGGCCGUACAGUAUCAGUAGCGACUCGGAGGCAGUGCACGAGAGCGAUAUCGAUUACUACUUCAGUAACUUUGCCAACGGGGAACAAUACCAGUCGGGAGGGAGCGAUCAGUUCUCGUACGACCCCUUCUACGCAAUGACAGACGAGGAGUCUAGAGUGUGAGAGACAUGAUCCAGGUUCCAGCUGGUGCAUUUUAGCGUAGCGGGCCACUAGACUAUAAUUUGUGACCACAACACUAAAAUGAAAACCACUAUUGUACAUUCUCUCAUGUAUAUUGCCUCUCUAACUCCUCAUAGAAGUAUGAUGAUUGCAAAGGUUGUAUCAGUCAAUCAAUCAAUCAAUAAAUCAGGCUUAUUAAUAUCAAUUGGACAGUUUUGUUGCAAAGAAAACAAAAAAAUUUCAAAGUAGACUGACACUAUGCUUCCAGACUUGUUUUCAAUUUCAAAGGUUUGAUCAUGAUAUUUAACUUAGGCCACACUGACUUGAUUUUAUGGAUAACGUCCACGUGUGCAUUGAUUUUCACCUGUUCUCAAAAAAACAACCUGUAUAACCUGUAAAAUACAUUCCACUUAUUGUGUAAUCAAGUAAGUAAUUGUUGAGGGGAGAAUCGUCUUGUCAUAUAAUGUAAUAUUUGCUUUUUCGUUUGUGUAUUUAUAGCUGACAAAGGUUAUAUUUAUUAGUAUUAAUGUACAAAGAUAUUUUCGUAGCCCAGAGAGUUUUUAACUACACCUAGAAAGAUAACUGAAUUGAAGUGCCCUGUUGUGUACAUUUUGUUGAAAUGUUUCUAUUUUAUAUACACUAUUUGUGCACCAAAGAUUUGUAUAGUUUUUUCACAUUCUGCUGAAUACCAGUAUUAGAUAUUUGUUAUAUGAGAUAUGUGAAAAGAAGUUGUACGACAUUGAAAUCAAAUACAACACUUCUAGAUCUGCACAUUUGGUAA